GAGUACAGUUUGUAUUUGAGACCGUCAGGGACGAUCGAGCCGUUCAGGUUAGUUGGGAUGGCGACACGGAAGCCGGAUUACGACCAAGUGAAGGCCAUCAUGCUCGCGGCGGCGAACGAGAAAAACACGGUGUUGCUGCCGGAUUUGGACUACGUGAGAGACAUGCUGGCGAAAGCGCAGGAGUCGGAAGCACAAGGGUCUUCUCGCAACAUCUCUCAACCGAUCGACUACGAAUACAGAAAAGCGGAAACUUACGGCCCGUACAAGUACAAUUUCACGACGGGAAAAGCCGGGCUGAUUAUCCCGCGGCUUUUACCGAACGACACGCGCGAGUACUGGUACCAGUUUGUCAGCUCGUACUUGGACAAGUCCGGCCAGGUCGGGGCAAAUUACGGCGGAUCGACGAACGUGAAAGUCCCGACCGAUUUUCUCUACGACAACACCGUCUCCACCGACAACAAGAUCGCGAUUGAGUCCAUCGCCGAGGUCACGCCGGACUUCACUUCCUCCUACGAACAGCUAGAGAAGGAAUUGGCGCGCCGCGACACGUACGAGCAGCACGAGUCGGACAAGGAAGUGGAGGAGGGAAGGGAGAAGCAGCAGGUGCUUGCGCAGCUGAAAUUUUCCAAGGCCUACAGCUACGACAGAUCUCUACUGCACCAAAUCACGGUGAUGGAAAGACUUCCACUAAGAGGGAAUAACUUGAACAGCUACAAGUUCUCGUCGGAAUCGGUGGUGCAGAAGUACGACGCCUUUCUCGUCGCGGC